AUGGAAUCUCGUAUAAUUGAUAAAAGUCAUUUGGGUUUCGAAACCACUGGUGAACAAACAUCUCGAAGAUAUAGUCAAUCAAAAAAUGAUAUAUCAAAGAAAUAUAGAGGAGAUAAAGUUUUAGCAUUAGUUUUGGCUGGUGGUGCAGGUGGUCGUCUCGAUGUUAUUACUGAACAACGAGCUAAACCAGUUGUUCCUUUUGGUGGAACUCUUCGUUUAAUUGAUUUUCCUUUGAGUAAUUGUUGUCAUUCACGUUUACCUAAUGUUUGGCUUAUCGAACAAUAUGAAGUUCAUAAACUUAAUGAACAUUUAGCUAAUGGACGUCCAUGGGAUAUGGAUAGAACUUAUGGAGGUCUUCAAGUAUUACCACCUUUUGAAAUUUAUGAUCCGAACAAAAGGACUGAUGAUAAUGAUGAUCAAAGUAUAAGUAAAAAUGAAGGUAAGGGAUAUUUUUAA